UGAUUGCCGGCUCCGUUCUCUUCUGUGACGGACCUUUACCUUCGUCCCGAAAAUCUACGCUCUCUGCGUCCCUUGCCGAAUUGACAGCUAAACCGAGCAGCCUUCUGACGAUGAUGGAUAUGAAGGAAACGACGCUCUUUGACGAGGACCCUGGGUUAAGCGGUGGUGGUGGUGGCCAUGAAGGCCACGGCACAGACAUCAAUGUCGAGAAUCCAGAGGAGCGCGUCACCGGCACAGGUCUUCCGAGAAAAGAAACCGCGGCUACCCGGAAUACGCGAUUUACCCCGGCAGUGGAAAACAUCCGGCCAUCUUUCUCUACUGCGCCCACACCGAGCCCGACCACACCGAGCUCAAGGACACCGAGGCCAGCCACAUUGAGCCCAACAGCACCGAGACCAGCCACACCGAGGCCUACAAAACCGAGGUCAACCACACCGAGGCCAGCAAAACCGGGGUCGACGACACCGAGGCCAACCACAACGAGGCCAACCACAGCGAGGACAAGCAAACCGAGACCAACCAAACCGGGACCAACCACACAGAGACCAACCACACAGAGACCAACCACACUGAGUCCAACCACAGUGAGCCCAACCACACCGAGCCCAACAACACCGAGUCCAACUACAGUGACGCCAACCACACCGAGUUCAAAGACCCCAAAUCCAACGACACCGAGUAAAAUGCCAAUUACGAGAAGUACGCGUGUUCCAGUGGCGCCAGCGGCACCUACAGGCACCGUGGUGUGCACCGUCUCCAACCUGAUGCCUCCGGAAACGUCUGCUCUGCCACCGGACGGCGCCUGCGACCUGCUGUUCUUCGAGUCCUUCUACAAGGACAACAAGAACAACCUGUCCGGCGGCUACAAUGCGAUCGAGCCGAACGCUCGCGUCUUCCUGGAGCAGGCGCGUAAUUCUAAAAUGACCCAGUACGGCGCCUCUUUCGCGCCCACGAAGACGUUCUCGAGUGCAGAGUUCACGACCAGCAAUUUCUACAAAGCAGUUGAUGUUAUCUGGAAUCGCAAGAUCCACCACUUCGGAUUUCUGAACCUGUACCUCGAGUUCUCGGCCCCUGAAGUCGUCAGGGAAGCCUUGCUUGCCCUGAAGGAACUGUACCUAUACGUAAAGCGUAUCAACCAACAGCGGCAGCCUUCGUAUCAGAUCCUGGGUUUGUCCGUGGACGAUGCCCAGAACUACCCGACACAGUCAUUGAUGAGGUCUGUAUUCGUGCCCUCAAUGUUUAUCUCAAUUGGUCACGUCUCGUACUCCGACGCAAGUUUUAAAUACUGUCACAUACUGCCACCAAUCAUUCGUUAUUCUCCACCUCGCUACCACCGUCAUGAUAAAAAGGACUACGGACACUCAAUCGGCACAAGUGUGAACCUACUUGAGCGGGUGAGCCACUUGAGACUGAAUGUGACGUUAGCCAUCUCGGUGGGACUGAGCGGGCGGCACUACCGACCAUACCUGCCGGCCAAGAAAGGCGUCACUGUGGAACACUACACGGCAUUCAAGAGAUGCCGGGACUUCAACGGUUCACGUUACGACGACCCGGUGAAACUCUGCCCAGGCGUCGUCGGAGGUGAUUGGAAAGUUUAUAAGAGCCGUGAAAUUGAACUGUAUCUUAUGGUGUACAGUUUGCACCUCGAACGAACGUUUUUGUUCGAAAACGUGCAGUCCAUCAAAAAGAAGCUUUGCCUUUCCAGAGAGUACACCGACGGCUUUACCUAUGGCGUGGCCGCUUAUGACGUCGAUUUUGACUCGUCGCCUGAAGGCUGCCCGGAGAUGGACAUCGAAUCUGGUGCCUUCGGCCGGCUCUCUACCAUUCGGUCGCUGAGUAAUUACAUCAUCAACUACAGGCACGGUGACCCGUGCUCCAUAGUGAAAUUAAACGUGAGCUGGAGCCUUCUAGUCGCUCCCACGAGCUUGUAAA